AUCGUCUUCGUAAAGAAGUUCUUGAUAUACUUAUUGACAGUAACCAUUACCCAACUUUUGAUGAAAUUGAACAUAUGAAAUAUUUAGAUUGUGUUUUUAAAGAAACUUUAAGGAUUAUUCCACCCGUGCCUACAAUCUUUCGUACUACUACAAAAGAUGAAAUCAUGAAUGGUUACCUUAUUCCAAAGAAUUCUUCAUUAUGGAUUUCUAUUUACGCAAUCCAUCGUAAUCCUUUAAUUUGGGGUGAUGACGCUGAACAUUUUAACCCAUCUCGAUGGCUUAAUCCGGAGAUAAAAUCCAAAGUAACAAACAGUACUUACUUACCUUUUAGUGCUGGUCCAAAAACUU